UCCUCCAGCGUUUUGUGCGAACUGCUUUGUAUUCCCAGAUCUGCAGACUCCGCCGUCGACGACCAGAUGAUCAAAUGCGCAUGUGUAAGGUUACAGGCCGUUCCGGAUGUGCACUUGAGCUCGGGAAUCGGCAGCAGGUGACAAAUGACAAGGAAUUUUUGAGAACGGGAAUCCCAAACACAACAACAAGCCGGUUUUUGCUGCCUCUGCCCAGAUAUUUAAAGAGUGACCAGAUAUUUCCUUUGUAACACCAAUAUAUCAGUUGUGAUCCUUGGAGAUGAAGAAGUAUCUCAUCCCAGCUGGAAAUGUGUUUUGUGUCUGAAAUGAAGUUUUCUGUAGUAAUGCAGUGAAAUCCACUGGAAUCGUGGUGCUGAGAACACUCCAGCAUUUGUUCACUGGAGAUCACUUUUACAACUACAUUGAUUAUACAAGGGUUUCACUACGUCUGACAUCUGAUUGUACUGGCAGGUCCUCAUUCCCUCGUGCAGGAAGGGAUUUUCUCAUUUAGCCGACCUGCAGACAAACCAGUGAAUUCACACUGGGGAGUGGCCAUUCAUCUGCUCUCUGUAUGGGACAGGAUCUACUCAGUCAUCUAGCCUGGAGACACAUCAGAAAAUUCACAGCAGUGAGAGUGAGAGUCCAUUCACUUGCUCCGUGCGUGGGAAGAGAUUCACUUAGCCCAUCUGCAGACACACCAAUGAACCAGUCGCUUCACACUGGAGAGAGGCCGUUCACCUGCUCAGACUGUGGGAAGGGGUUUACUCGGUUAUCUGACCUGAAGGGACAUCAGCGAGUUCACACUGGGGAGAGACCAUUCACCUGCUCAGACUGUGGGAAGAGGUUUACUCAGUCAUCUCACCUGAAGGUACAUCAGCGAAUUCAUACUGGAGAGAGACUGUUCACCUGCUCAGACUGUGGGAAGGGGUUCACUCAGUCAUCCCACCUGCAGAACCAUCAGUCAGUACAUACUGUGGAGAGGCCAUUCACCUGCACAGACUGUGGGAAGAGAUUUACUCGAUCAUCCAACCUACAAAUACAUCAGCGUGUUCACACAGGAGAGAGGCCAUUCACCUGUUUUGUGUGUGGGAAGGGAUUUGGUCAUUCUUCUAACCUACUGGCACACCAGCGAGUUCACAUAGGGGAGAGGCCAUACAUCUGCUCAGACUGUGGGAAGGGAUUCACUCGAUCAUCCCACCUACUGACACACCAGCGAGUUCACACUGGGGAGAGGCCAUUCACCUGCCCAGACUGUGGGCAAGGAUUCACUCGGUCAUCGCACCUACUGACACACCAGCGAGUUCACACUGGGGAGAGGCCGUUCACUUGCUCAGACUGUGGGAAGGGAUUCAAUUAUUCGUAUGCACUGAAAGAACAUCAGCGAGUUCAUACUGGGGAGAGGCCAUUCACCUGCUCUGACUGUGGGAAGGGAUACACUCGGUCAUCCCACCUUGUAAGGCACUACCGAGUUCACAAAAAAAUUUAAAUAAGAUACAUGCAUGCAACCUGCACAGUUGCCGAAUCCAAGGGCAAGUUCAAAAGUGACUGUUGGUGUUGAACUCUGCAAUUAUUGCUGCUGUUCAUCAAACCCAGUUCUGCACCCUGGUCACUGGGGAUGGGAGGAGUUUCUUCUGCUGACAGGAAGCAUAGAUAGAGUAGACAGGGAGCAUCUGUUUCCCAGGGAUGAAAUGUCUAAUACCAUUGGGCAUGCAUUGAAGAUGAGAGGAGGUAGGUUCAAAGGGUAUGUGAGGGUAAGUUUUUUUUUACUCCAGAGUCAUUGAGUGCACUGCCUGAUAUGGUGGUGGAGGCAAAUACAUCAGAGGCUGUUAAGAGACAUUUGGAUAGGCACGUGGAUGUAAGAAAGAUGGAAGGAUAUGGAUGUGGUGUAGAUAGGAGGGAUUAGUAUUUUUAAAAAUUUGUUUGGCACGACAUUGUGGGCUUACUGGCCUGUUCCUGUGCUGUACUGUUCUAUGUUUUAUUAACAUCGUUCGUUAUACCUUCCUUAUUCCUCAGCUUCACCCGUAACGACUCUCGACGAGUUCUCUAGUCUGUCCUGACGAAACACUGCCGUGACAUUUUCCCUAACUGGUAACAUCACCCUUCCUCCUUUAACCCCUCCAGCUCUGUCACGUCUGAAACAAUGGAACCUUGGAAUUCUGAGCUGCCUCUCCUGCCCCUCUGGCAACCAAGACUCACUAAUGGCUACAAUAUCAUAAUUCUAUGUGAUAAUCCAUGCCAUGAGGUCAUCUCCCCUUUCUACGAAACCUCUUACAUUCAAAUAUACACAGCUCAGAACAUUAGUCAUACCGUGCUCAGCCUUUUGAUUCAUGACUAUGUCUGAGGUCUCCACAACCUCUCCACUAUCUAUUCUAGCACUCUGGUUCCCAUCCUCUUGCAACCCUCGCCACCUGUGCAGUUCUAGCAAGCCCUCCCUUUAAGAUAGUAGUCCCCUUCCAGUUCAGAUACAAGUCAUCGAUUGUGUACAAUUCUCACCUUCCCUGGAAGAGAGGCCAAUAAUUCAAUAAUUUUAUGCCCUCCCUCCUACACAAACUCCUUGGUCACGUGUUAUAAUGUAUAAUAUUAUUUCUGGCCUCAUCACUAGCAAUCAGGUAGUAAUCCUGAGAUAGCAACCUUGGAGGUCCUACCCUUUAACUUCACACUUAACUCCCUGAACUUCCUUUGCAGAACCUCGUCAAUCUUCCUAUAUAGACCAAUAACAAUGCCUAUUCACCUUCCUGCUAAAUAAUACUGAGGACUUGAUCUGAGUUGUCCUGGACUCUUCAGGCAACAUACCAUCUGGGAGUCUCUUUCUCAUGCACAGAAUUUCCUUUCUGCUCUCCUGGUAAGAUGGUGGUGUGUUCAGUUGUAGCAACUUCUACAGGUCAAGAUGCUAAUGUCCUAUUUCAAUGUAUUUUUAUGAUCACAAGGUCCUGCUAUACAUUAAGGAACUAAAGUACUGCAGGUCUACCCCAUCAGCAAGUUACUCGCUGGCAGAGAAAAUCAAGCUGUGCAAUGUACUGCUGCCUGAGUCGAUGGAGGCUUACAGUCUAAUAGAGAGUGGCCAUCUUGAUUGCUUUUUUUGUGAUUGCAAGACCCUUUUAGACGUUAUUAAUGUAAUAUGCCGCAAGUUUGAUUUAUUGGGGAAGAACGGGGCAGGUGGCAGGGGAGCUGUGUGCCCUCUGUUGUAGCAAUGAUUAGGCCUCAAGCCAUGUGUUGCCUGUUUACAGUCGCCAGGAGAGCGGCGUUGAAGCUGGUGCUGUCCCCUCCCCCAGUGAUCGCUCACCAGAAGACAAACUCUGUUGUGGUUGACUGCAGAUUUCAGCUGUACUCUGGACUCAGGGCCUCAAGCCACGGUGUCACCAGAGAGAGCCAUCAAAGCUGGUGCAUUCCAUUGAGGGUGCUGAGGCACAGCAUCUGGGCUGGAGGCAGUGGUGCCCUGCACCCUCCCCAGUGUUCGCUCGGCAGAAGACAAGCUCCACCGUAUUCGGCUGUAGAUUGAUAGCUCUAGUUUGUCCUCUUUUAUUCUGUGAUUGUGAUACCACUUGUACCUGCUACCUUGUACAUGCCGCAUGUGGCUGUUGGUACUGCGUUUUGCACCUUGGCCCUGGAGUAACACUGUUUCAUUGCCCUGCAUUUAUGAAUGGUUGAAUUACAAUAAAACUUAAAUUGAACUGACGAUUCCCCUAUUUAUCACUGCAGCUCUCCUCUUCUCUCCCAUUUACUUCUGAUUCACAGAGCCAGUCUCAAGUGGCAGAGCCCUGAUUGCACCUUGGAUUGAUCUCUCUGUCUAUUUGUCCC